GUGGACGGGAGAGCGUGUCCUCCUUCGGGAGUCUUGGAAGUGGAGGGAGGGAGAGUAAAGACGGCUAACCUGACCUUUCCCUGACCCCAAGGUCAAGCGACGGCUGCGGGACUUGACCUGAAGGAGAGGGUGGGGGGCGAGAUCCUCAAGAGCGGAAGCCCCGAAAGGCUGCCUGGCGCCUCGAUCCCGCGGUCUUAGUCCUAAGGGAGGUGCACCCCAGCGCUCCUUGGAGGGGGAUUACUUUUUCGCCUGCAAACGUGCUCCGGGGGUCACCGGAUGGGCCGCAGCGCUGGGCGCGAACACGUGCAGGGGACCCGGCGGUGGCGGCGGCGACAGCAGCAGCACCAGGAGCCGCAAAAGGCUUCUUCGGAGCGCGGCCCGGCUUCCCUCCGGCAAGGCAGAUAGAGCUGCCGCCAACACACACACAAACACACACACCAGCUGCAUCCCUCCGUCAAACAAGAAUUUGUGAUUUGAGAUGCUGCCUUUAACUGGCAAAACAACUUUCGAAAGCUUUCCUGAUCCCUCGGAUACCUGGGAAAUCGUAGAGACAAUUGGCAAAGGAACAUAUGGAAAAGUAUUUAAGGUGUUCAACAAGAAAAAUGGGAGCAAAGCUGCAGUCAAAAUCCUGGAUCCAGUUCAUGAUAUUGAUGAAGAAAUAGAAGCUGAAUACAACAUUUUGAUGGCUCUUUCUGAUCAUCCAAAUGUAGUCAAGUUCUAUGGAUUAUAUUACAAAAAAGAUGUGAAGGAUGGAGAUCAACUCUGGCUGGUUCUGGAGCUAUGCAAUGGAGGAUCUGUAACAGACCUUGUGAAAGGGUUUUUGAAGAGAGGGGAAAGGAUGAGCGAACUUAUUAUUGCUUACAUUUUACAUGAAGCUCUUAUGGGCCUCGAGCACUUGCAUGAAAACAAAACCAUCCACCGUGACAUCAAAGGAAAUAAUAUCUUGCUAACAACUGAAGGAGGUGUUAAGCUUGUGGAUUUUGGUGUAUCGGCUCAGUUAACCAGCAGUCGCCUCCGCCGGAAUACAUCAGUAGGAACUCCCUUUUGGAUGGCUCCUGAGGUGAUUGCAUGUGAACAACAGCUGGAUAGUUCCUAUGAUGCCAGAUGUGAUGCAUGGUCACUGGGAAUCACAGCUAUAGAGUUAGGUGAUGGAGAUCCACCUUUGGCUGACUUGCAUCCUAUGAGAGCUCUGUUCAAAAUACCAAGGAAUCCACCUCCAACAUUACGGCAGCCAGAGCUAUGGUCACCCGAAUUCAAUGAUUUUAUCAGCAAGUGUUUGACCAAAGAUUAUGAGAAACGUCCGACUGUGUCUGAUCUGCUGCAACACGAAUUUGUGAAGCAGGUAGAGGGCAAGGAGAGCGUGCUACAGAUGCAGUUGAUGGAGUUCAUUGAUGUUCAUCAGCAAAUGGGAGUCACAGAAAAAGCAAGAUUUGAGCGUAUUCAUACUAAGAAAGGGAAUUACAACAGGUCUCCAAAUGGAAACCAAGAAGAGGUAGAUGAUCUCGCAACCUUGGAAGUAUUAGAUGAGAACACGGUAACGGAGCAACUGCAAAAGAGCUAUGCCAGAGAUCAGAUUUACACCUAUGUGGGAGACAUUCUUAUUGCCGUCAAUCCAUUUCGGAACUUAGACAUUUAUACCACGCAGCAUUCCAAACUGUACAUUGGGGCCAAAAGGACUGCCAAUCCCCCUCACAUUUUUGCUGUAGCUGAUAUUGCUUACCAGUCCAUGGUCACCUACAAUUCAGAUCAGUGUAUUGUCAUUUCUGGAGAAAGUGGAGCUGGGAAGACCCAAAGUGCACAUCUUCUGGUCCAGCAGUUGACAGUCCUUGGACGGGCUAAUAACAGGACUCUUCAAGAAAAGAUUCUCCAAGUCAACAAUCUGCUGGAAGCAUUCGGAAAUGCAGGCACUAUUAUUAAUGAUAAUUCCAGCAGAUUUGGGAAGUACCUAGAAAUGAAAUUCACUUCCUCUGGAACUGUUGUAAGCGCUCAGAUUUCAGAAUAUCUUCUAGAAAAAUCUAGAGUCAUACAUCAAGCUGUAGGAGAGAAGAAUUUUCAUAUUUUCUAUUAUAUCUAUGCUGGCUUGGCAGAGAAGAAAAAACUGGCUCAUUAUAAAUUGCCAGAAAAUAAGCCUCCCAGGUAUCUACAAAACGAACAUCUCAGGACAGUACAGGACUUCAUGAAUAAUAGCUUCUACAAAUCCCAAUUUGAACUGAUUGAGCAGUGCUUCAAAGUGAUUGGGUUUACAAUGGAAGAACUAGGGAGCGUAUACAGCGUUCUUACUGCCAUUUUAAAUAUGGGCAACAUUGAAUUUUCAUCAGUGGUAACAGAGUACAUGAUUGACAAGAGCAUCAUUUCCAAUCCAACGUCUCUUGAGAAUUCUGCUUCCUUGCUGUGUAUUCAGGCAGAUGAGUUGCAAGAAGCUCUAACAUCUCAUUGCGUGGUGACCCGAGGAGAAACCAUUAUACGGCCCAACACGAUGGAAAAGGCGACGGAUGUAAGAGAUGCCACGGCCAAAGCAUUGUAUGGGCGCCUCUUUAGUUGGAUAGUCAACCGCAUCAAUGUGCUCCUCAAGCCAGAUAAAAUUUUAAGUGAAAGCGAUGAAGGGCUUAACAUUGGAAUUCUUGAUAUUUUUGGAUUUGAAAACUUCAAGAAAAACUCAUUUGAACAGCUUUGCAUCAAUAUCGCCAAUGAGCAGAUCCAGUUCUAUUUCAAUCAGCAUGUCUUUGCCUGGGAACAGAAUGAAUACUUAUAUGAAGGAGUGGAUGCCCGAGUCAUUGAGUAUGAGGACAACAGGCCCCUGUUAGAUAUGUUCCUGCAAAAACCAAUGGGAUUAUUAUCUCUUCUUGAUGAGGAAAGCCGGUUUCCUCGAGCCACUGAUCAGACGCUUGUGGAAAAAUUUGAAGACAACCUGAAGUAAAAAUAUUUCUGGAGACCAAAAAGAAUCGAUUUAACAUUUGGGAUUUACCAUUAUGCAGGGAAGGUUCUUUAUAAUGCAAGUGGAUUCUUAGCCAAAAACAGGGAUACCUUACCAGCUGAUAUUAUACUGCUCCUGCGAUCCUCUGAAAACUACUUAACUAGACAGCUAGUAAUCCACCCUCUUACAAAAACAGGUAAUUUGGCACACUCUAAAAGUAAGACUGCCAUCAACUAUCAGACGUGGACUCCACAGAAAUCAAUCAGCCAAAGUAAGCUGGAUAUCUUUGUGUUGUGCAAUACGUAUUCCUUCCGUGAGAGUGAGCCAGAAGAUUCCAUGCAUCAUCCAAGAGAAACAACCAGUAUGAAAACGCAAACAGUAGCUUCAUAUUUCAGAUAUUCACUAAUGGAUUUAUUGUCUAAAAUGGUGGUUGGCCAGCCUCACUUUGUUCGCUGCAUUAAGCCAAACAAUGAUCGGCAGGCAAACAAGUACGACAAGGAAAAAGUAUUGGUACAGCUACGCUACACUGGAAUUCUGGAAACAGCACGGAUUCGGAGGCAGGGUUACUCUCAUCGUAUUCUGUUUGCUAACUUCAUAAAGCGAUAUUAUCUCCUUUGUUACAAAUCAAAUGACAACCCCCCUGUAAGUCCCGAAACUUGUGCUGCCAUCUUGGAAAAAGCCCAGCUCGAUAACUGGAUACUUGGGAAAACUAAGGUGUUUCUCAAAUACUACCAUGUUGAGCAGCUAAACCUAAUGCGGAAGGAGAUGAUCAACAGGAUUGUUUUGAUUCAAGCUUAUGUUAGGGGAUGGCUUGGUUCAAAGAGAUACAGAAAACUAAAGGAGAAAAGGGAAGAAAAUGCAGUUAAAAUACAAUCAGCUUACAGAGGAUAUAUUGCUCGUAAAGAAUAUACAAGUGUAAGGAAUGCAUACAAAAUGGAAAUGUGCAUUACCAGGCUUCAGGCAGCUGCAAGAGGAUACUUAAUCAGGAAGAAGAUUAAACAGCAAAAGGAUGUGAAUAAUAAAGCGGCAACAACAAUUCAAUCUCACUACAAGGGAUACAGGGAGCGAAAGAGUUUCAGAAGGAAAAGGGAAUCACUUCUGAGGAAAGACCAGGCUGACAUGACAGCUAAGCCAGUUGAAAAAGGAGAAGGUGAACAAACUCCAGAGUCUGAGAUUAGGACAGCUAUUGUGCAAAACUCUGCUCCUCGUACUGAAGAGGAAGCUGCUGUUAUCCUACAGAGUAACUAUCGGGGUUACCUGGAACGUAAAAAAUUCAAGGAGCAGCUUGAGAAAAAAGGAGCUUCAGAAGUUGCACAGAUUUUGCUUUCAGAGGAUGGCGCAGAUGUUAGACAGAACUCUUCUCAUACUGAAGAGGAAGCUGCUGUAAUCCUUCAGAGUAACUACCGGGGUUACCGAGAACGUAAGAAGUUCAAAGACCAGCACAAGAAGAUGGGAUGUUCAGAAGAGAAGCACAACUUAUCUCCACAGUUUGUGGGUGGUGUUGCAGUUGUACAAAAGUCCUCUCCUCAAACUGAAGAGGAAGCUGCCGUUAUCCUUCAGAAUACCUACCGGGGCUACAAAGAACGUAAAAGGAUCAAGGAACAGAAAAUGAUAGAGAGAGGGCCAUCUUCAAAACAAAGUUUCAAACGGGAUGAAAAAACAGUUCAAAAUACGGCACUGGAAACAGAAGCUGGAAUGGACCAAAAAGAUACAGCUACUGCACUUACUCGGAGCAUCUCCUACUUGGAUCAGAAGGCACCAGAUGGGAACAAAGAGAUGCUUCUUAGAGAAGGAGGCCCUUCAGCGCAACAAAAGCCUGCAGAGGAAGGGAAAAAACAGACCAGCUCCAGUCGCUCCUCUAAGAGAGGAUCUAUCAAAAAGGCAAGCGAAGCUAGCCGGCAGGGUCCUCAGGAAAGAGGUACUGCAAAUGAGAAAAAUAAAAGUCCUGCCAUUCCCUGUGAUAGUCACCAGGAAAAAGAGUCUCUGAAACAAGGCCAGCCAAUUCCCUGUGAACACAAAGCGAAUCUAAGGAAAGGCUCCCUAAGAGGCUCUCUGAAACAUAUUGAAGCUAGCAAGCUGGCCUCGGGAGACAAAGAAAAAGCAGCGCUAGUCAUUCAGAGUAAUUACCGAGGGUACCGGAGACGGGGACAGCUCAGAAAAGAAGGGAAAUUGCCUUGUGAACACCAAGCAAAAGCCCACAGUGAGCUGAAAGGUGGUGGGCCCAGUCAAAAUCUCAUUUCUAAUGCAACAAAAGAGAGGCAGAGUUCUGGUGCUCAAGCUGAGGGCUCAAAGGACAUUCUAAAAGAUGGCCCAGUGAAAGAAAAGUCGGACUUGGCAGCUUUCUCCAGACAGAUCUCAAAAUUAUCAGAAGACUAUUUGGUGCUCCAGCAGAAAUUGAAUGAAAUGAUUCUCUCACAUCAGCUGAGACCUGUGAUGCUCUCCAAAGACAGACAGACAAAUGGCCACCUUUCUCCCCGUGUGUGUCAGCCUGCUGCCUCCAAAACAGAGGACAGUCAUCCCGCACAGAGAAGCCCAAGGAGACCUCAGAAACCCAAGACACUAAACAAUCCCGAGGAUUCUACAUAUUACAGUCUUAUACAUAAAUCAGUUCAAGAUGAAAAGCGGAAACCAAGAAAAAGCAGUCUGGGUAAGAUACUGGAUGUAGAAGAUGUAUAUUACCAAGAAUUUUCCUCCACUAAUUUCAUCUCAAAUGGUAAUAAUGCCACCACAAGGCAAAAUAAGCCUCCACAAGAGCCUAGAACAGUAACAUUAAGGAUCAGUGAAGGGCCAAGAGUCACAGUGAACCCAGUGGAAGAGAACAAAAGCAAAGAGAAUCCUUAUGACUACCGAAAACUGCUACGGAAAACCUCACAACGCCGGCGCCUUAUCCAACAGCAUUAGCUACUGCUGCUGUUUGGCUUUCUCCAGCGUAAUCUCUCCUUUUUUAUAUGGUUUUGUACUGUGUCCUUCUCUUUUUAAUGUGUCUCUUUGUCACUCUCUCUUCAGCAUUUUAAUUCAACUGUGUGGUUUUGCAUAUGACAUUUCAACAUACAAUUACUAUAGAAGAUCCUUGCAGGGAAAUAUGUCAUGAUUUAAAUAGCAAUUUGUUGUUUUCAAAGAAAAUGGACACACAUGUGCAAAUUAUUUUCUUAGUAUGCAAUAACUUAUUAAAAGCCUAGAUAAUGUGAAGAAACAAAUCCGUUUUCUCCUCGUCUCCCCAUUUUUCUAUACUUUCCCAACAAAUUUGAUUUCUAAAAUGGGUCUUUGUUUUGUGUCAGUUUGUUUUCCAGUCGGCUUUGACCUAUGAAACAUCUAUGCACAAGAUUAAUGUAAACAAAUAAACAACAAAAUGGAAACAUC